AUAUUUCCUUUUUUAUUUUCUUCAACAUCCAACGGACAUGGUCUUUUCGCGAUAUGAAACGCAUAAUUUUCUCUCUCUAAAAGUGAGAUUUUGUGUUUCUUGGGGCUCUAGAAUCCGUGAGCUCGAGUUUUAAUACAUUAGUUUAGGAAGUCUGGGAUUUGGAGGUGUGAUCAAUUUGAGGGAUUACAUGGCAGAAGUGAAACCAGAGGAUGUCUGUCCUGAUAACAAGCAAUCAACAACUGUUACGAGAUCUUCUGUUUCCGAGAAUAGUGGCAGCGCUGCACUUAAGUCACCGGGUAUAAGUAGUCCGACAAGUAUAUCUCCAUCUCAUAGGAGAACUACUGGUCCAAUUAGAAGAGCAAAGGGUGGUUGGACCCCAGAGGAGGAUGAUACUUUAAAAAGAGCUGUUGCAGCUUACAGAGGAAAAUCUUGGAAGAAAAUAGCCGAAUUCUUUCCAGAUAGGUCAGAAGUACAGUGCUUGCAUAGAUGGCAAAAGGUUCUCAAUCCAGAACUUGUUAAGGGUCCAUGGACUCCCGAGGAAGAUGAGAAAAUUGUGGAACUGGUGGCUAAAUAUGGACCUACAAAAUGGUCUAUUAUAGCAAAGUCAUUACCAGGUCGAAUUGGGAAACAAUGCCGUGAGAGGUGGCACAAUCAUUUGAAUCCAAAUAUUAAGAAGGAUGCUUGGACUUUGGAAGAAGAACUUACUCUACUGGGUGCUCAUAGGACUCAUGGGAAUAAAUGGGCUGAAUUAGCAAAGCUACUACCUGGAAGGACAGAUAAUGCAAUCAAGAAUCACUGGAAUAGUUCUUUGAAGAAGAAGUUAGAUUUCUAUUUGGCUACUGGGAACCUUCCACCAGUUACUAAGAAUGUUCCCCAAAAUGGCAGUAGAGUUGUAAAUAGAACAGUUUCAAUUGGAGAAGAUCUUGUUUGUGCAAAUAAAGGACCAGAUUCGACCGCCUUAGUUUCAUCAGGAGCUGUAGAUACAUGUAAAAUUGAAGAUGGGAAGGAUAAGCUAGAAACUACUAACGAAGUUCAUGAUAGAGCUGGAUCAUCUAGUGAUCCCCGGAAUGAGUCUGCUGAUCUUGAAGGUGCUACAUUUGAGUCAAUGACAUCGGAAGUAAAUCCCGUCAAUUCAAGUACAGAAUGCAGGUUUGAGAGAUGUGGAGCACGUCGUGUAGUUGAUCAAUACAGAAUAACUGAAAGCUCAUUGCACAAUAAUAUUCCUUUAUAUGGGACACUAUAUUAUGAGCCACCAGAAAUAGAUUCUAAUCUUCCAAAUAUUUCUCAGAUGCACUCUGAAUCAGACAUUAGUCCAAUAACGUCUCCCGUGACUUUCUUCACUCCACCUAGCAUGGAAGGAGGAAAUUUGUUUGCACAGACUCCAGAAUCCAUAUUGAAAAUUGCUGCCAAAAGCUUUCCUAAUACACCAUCCAUAUUGCGAAGAAGAAAGUCUGGAAGUCAGUUAUCUGCACCAGUGAGUAAAAAUUGCCGGGUAGAUAGGGAAGCAUUUGAGGAAACAUGUCAAUCUACCAGUGAGUAUGAUCGUAAUCAAAUGAAUAGUCCAAAGAAUAUGGAGUUACAAGAGUUGAGUUUGCAUAGAGAUCUUUCUGGCGAAGUUGACAUUGGAUUAUGUAAUGGCAAGUCCUAUAAUUUAUCUCCUCCAUAUCGGUUAAGAUCCAAAAGGACUUCUGUUCUUAAGUCUGUCGAGAAGCAGCUUGAAUUUGCAUUUAACAUGGAGCAAGAGGGCUGUGACCAAAAUAUUAAGUCUGAGGAUUCAACGGUCAGAGGAAUCCCUCCUGUAACAAAGUUCGUCUAUACCCGUCAGAAACGGUUAUGAGUGAGAAUGGCAAUCUAACAAGGGCUGGAAAUUGCUAAAUUUGAUCAAGAACUUGUAGAAAUGGCAGCUGAACUGAUUAAAAGUGAAGAUUUGAUGCGAUCAAGAUAACACUUUUAAGUUAUAACUACCAGAAGCAUACAAUCUCAUUCUUGAAGAUAAACUGGAGUUCAUGUUUGGUACGUCUUCACUUUUACCAUCUUAGCCUCUCGGUAAAAGCACUGGGAAUGCUAGGUUUCAUCAUUGUAUUCAUGAAAAUAUCAAGAUUCAAUUGAUUUGUACAGAAACCCCUUUAUCAAUGGAAAUAGGAAUGUUUUUAUAUUCA